UCCAGAAGUCUCCUCCCAGUCUGAGAAGGAAAUAAAACACAGCUUGGAUCUAUCAUUUGCCACUUACCACCAUGACGUCAGCUCAGGGCUGAACUCUCUACCUGUGGCUGGGACCUUAAAUGAGCUGACGCCAGAAGAGAAAAGCACUUUCUCUGGGGUUCCGCAGCAAGUAGCAGCAGAAGCGGCCAUGAGACGCCGUGUGUUCCUUGUCAUGGCGCUCAGCCUGCUGAUGGGCUUCAUGAAAGGAAGCACCCCUCAGAGCACUCCUGCUCCAUCCAAUACGACAACCCCAAGCACUGCAGGAAACAUCGCUGAGACAAAUCCUGCUCCAUCCGAUCCGACAACCCUAAGCACUCCAGCAGGAACCACCACUCAGAGCACUUCUGUACCAUCCGAUCCGACAACCCCAAGCACUCCAGGAAGCACCCCUCAGAGCACUCCUGCUCCAUCCGAUACGACAACCCCAAGCACUGCAGGAAGCACCCCUCAGAGCACUCCUGCUCCAUCCGAUACGACAACCCCAAGCACUCCAGCAGGAACCACCCCUCAGAGCACUCCUGCUCCAUCCAAUACGACAACCCCAAGCACUGCAGCAGGAACCACCACUCAGAGCACUCCUGCUCCAUCCGAUACGACAACCCCAAGCACUCCAGCAGGAAGCACCAUUGAGACAACUACUGCUACAACAAUUGCAAGCACUCCAGGGGGUUUCUGCAGCGGAGACCCUUGUGGAAGAACAUUGGCUACAUGUGUUGCUUUAUUUAGCAAUUUUACCUGCCUCUGCCCAUAUGGAUUCUACUACAGUGAGAAGGAUUGUUACAGAGGGAAAAUAUUCCCUGGAGUCCUUAAGCUUUCACUGGCUUACAGUGACGAGGUUCAAAUUAUAACUUCGGAGCAGUAUGAAACAGUGUUCCAAAACGUAACAGCCCUUUUUAAGGAGAUCUUUCCAACAUCAACAGGCUUUGAACAGACUGUCAUUGUGGAAAUUCAAUCUCAAACUCAAGCCAGAUCUUCUCUUCCGAUGAAUAUAACGGUGAUAAAUGUGUUUAAGGAGGACACAAAUGAAACCAAUGUGACAGUUGCUGCUACAAUAAACAGUGCAAAAGAAAGUAUCUCCUACAUCGUUGAGUACAAUGAAACAAGCUACUGUGCUGUUUAUAAUUGUGAUACCAACACCACAGUCUGCAUGGAAGAUAUGUUUCCAAAAUGUGAGUGCAAAAGUGAAUACUCCAAGUCAGAAUGGGAUGAUCGUUCUUGUUCAGACUGCAAUGCAGAAUGUUCUGCAGAAAACCACAAGUACUGUGCAAAACAAGGAGGGGUUCCACAAUGCAAAUGCAUGCCUAACUAUGAAAAGAAGAGUGAAAGAUGCGUGCCGUGUGGAGUGGGCUACUCUGGGGAGGAUUGCAUCAACAAUAGUGAACUCAUCCUUAUAAUAGUGGGUUCAGUGCUUGGAGCCAUUGUCCUGUGUUUAUUGAUAGCAGUCAUUGUUGUUUCAGCAAGAGCCAAACACAGAAAAGAUCCAGAGAGAAAGAGCCUGAUAAAGUCAGGAUAUUCCAACUCAAAUGCCUCUGAUGAUAAACCUGCCACGAUGUUCCCCCGAGUGCAGACCACUUCUGGCCACUCAAACCCAGGAUAUCAGCCCAACAACCCAUAUGAGAUGCCUUCCUCAAACAGAGAUCGUUUUCCAGAGAGAGAUUAUGAUGAUUUGUACGAAAUAUCACGGGAGCCUGAGGGCUUUAGGAUGAGGAGAUACUAAGCGACCGGAGCGGUAGAAGGAUGGAUGACGAUGGGUCAGACCAAAGACUUUCACAGCCUCUCACCAACACACUGCCUCCAGCAGAAGAGACAACAGAGUCUAAAACCCCAGAUUCUCUGAAGAUCUUCUAAAAGAAAGGCCCUUCUUGAAAGAGAUUAUGGACAACUCUCUGGAAUAAGGGAAAAAUGAAACAGGGGGUAGGGAGAAGACCUUGAAAGAACUAACGGGCUCCAAUAAACUUUCAGCUCUUUUCAGAAGGCUGGUGCAUUGGCAAGAGAGUGAGUGUGGACAAGGUGCCAGGGUUUUAAUCUUGCUGGUUUCAGUUCUUCUGGAAGAUGGUCUGGGCAAUAGAUGCUGAAAAAUGUCAGCUCCCAGACCUUUGCCUGUGUUUGUGCUCACUCCAUUUCAGCUACAGGCAGCCUGUGUGGCCUUGAGCUGACCAAAAUUGUUCCUCAUGAGAACCUAACUUGUUUCUCUCCACUCUGUUGGAUACAGACUUUUCCUCCACCUCAACCUCCUAAUAUUUCUUAGCUGAAAGCAUUCUGUUCAGCUCUGUGCUGACAUGUGUUGUUUGAGGCAACAUGUCUGACCUUUUAUGCAGCCUUCCUUCCCAAUGCAACGAAAAGAAACAACUUCAGACACACCCCGUUGCUCUCCAUCUCGCACAAUGACGUUGAUUUUUACAUUCUCAGUCCCUGUGGAAAGUGUUAAUGUAUUUUUUUUUUCUCUUGCACUCUUUGAUUGCAUGAUCAAGAUUGAUUAAGAUUGAAUGAUCUUUAGGUUGUUUGGUGUUUUUUUUUCGUUUCUUACAUACAGUCAAUAACUCUGCCUAUAAAAGAAUCCACAUUUUACCAUAUUUUACUGAAUGUGCAUUUGACUAGCAUUAACAUUUCCAUAUAUAUAUAUAAUACAUUCAUGCCCAAAU